AUGGACGAAUGGGACCCUAUAAAUUGGGACGAGCUCGAGAAUCUUGCCGAACCAAGCGGCCGGAGAUUUCCUCAAACGAGUUACAACUGGGAUUAUUCAGACCAUGACUAUGAUUAUUUAAACCGCGACUGUUUGUAUUCGGCGCAGGGCGGUGAUCACUCGACCGGUACCUUCCACAAUGGGGCCAUUGGGGGCCAGCGUUCAGAUGAAGGUCGCGGAGUCGCGAAUUCUCUCCAAAGUGUGGCCGGCUCUUUAGCAUACUGGGGCAAACGCAAACCCGAUCAAGUCCCCAAGCACUUAAAAAAUCAAAAAUACGAUAUCAAGAAGGCAUUCGAAAUUCAGUCCAGAACGGGAGUAUGGGCGCUGGAUGAGGCGAAAAAUAUAGACCUUCAUUUGAUCAAGAAGCCGUUCGAUCAGGCUCACAAUGUGAAGAGAUCUUUCACUCUCCACAACGCUUCUCCGACUCAUUCAGUCACUUACACCUUACACGAUUUAAGAUCAGAUCAUUUUGUUUGGGAGAGAAGCCUCGAUCCUAACUGCAAGGAAACGUUUGAUUUCUAUUCGCCGGAGGGAACGGUAUUCUUCUAUGUGGAUGCGGGUCGCCAGAUGAUCGACCCGGCGAACAUCAUAUCUAAGACUCGCCGGCCAACCUUAGACACGAAGUCCCUUUCGCGAUGCUGGAAUAAGCGUACCCGCCUCUUGGAGAGUCAGGGAUCCUGA